AUGACGUUUCAUCCAAACAGUACUAUCAACCGCAAGUCAUUUCGUAACCGUAAGAUUGACACUAAAAAAACUCUUCGAAUUUAUACACCUGGUGAAAUAAAUGAAGAAGAUUUAAUACCUAUAAGUAGAGCAGGGUUAGAAAUAGAGACAGGGGUAGAAAAGGAAGAGGAGGAGGAAAUACAUUUAAUAAAAGCGUUAGCAGAACGUGCUUCCGAAAUUGACCGAGGCAACUUACCAACAAGUUCUGGUGCUAUUCCGGUACCUUCAUCCAAUAAACGAAUAUCCUAUUAUUCCGAAUUAUACAAGAAUCACAAAUGGUCAAAACCUUCAACAUAUAUCCGAUUUUCAUUACCUAUAGAAGAAUGUAUAGGGUGCUUUUAUUGUAUGGACGAACAAGAUGAUGCUUGGUUUAAUGAAUAUAAUGAAAAGCAUGAUGAUUCUUUAUCCGAGGACACAUUUGAAGAAAUAAUGCAACAUUUUGAAGAUAUAGCAAAUAAUAAAAUUCAAUUAUUGGCAAAAAAACAACUACCUACUUGGGAAGAUUGCGAAGAAUGUUUACCAGAAAAACUGCUGGCUUUCAAAGAUGUCGCUCAAGUGGUUUACCUAUAUUGGAAAAAUAAACGUAAUGCACGAAUGAUGCGUUAUAGAAAACCUGAGGGUAAAGAAGAGGAAGAACAUCCCUGGACAUGUUUCCGCCGUCGUGAACUUAAACCAAUAAGGAAAACUCGCCGUAGUGAAAAUGCAUCUUUCGAUAAAUUAAGGAUGAUAAGGCGUGAUAUAAACCACGGCAGAGUCAUAAUUUUGAAUGUAAAGUUUAGAGAGAAAACAAAGAAACAAAAGGUUGACCUUGAACGUAAGAUUUUUGAAAAGGAAUGUUCUGUAAGAGCAAUGAGAAAGAAAUUGGGCAUCAAAAGUGAAACUACUGACGUUAUAAGGAAGAGUCGAAAAUCAUCAACUACAAAUAUCGAUUCAUCCAGCAUAUCACGAUCAAAAAUAGGAAACAAAAUAUAUAAAGAAGAUUAUCAACGCACUGAUAUAACAGAUUAUCCAUAUUUACCCAUACGAAAAUCAGCUGCAUCGAGCCUGUUUAGGACAUUGAACGAUACAAAGUCGCCGUAUCGUUCUAAAAAUGUUGUUUCUUCAGCUUUUAGAAAUCGGGUUGGGCGUGGGGGUCGAAAUUACCAUGUUUUUGAUCGCUUGGAUUUUUCUUCCUAUAAUAAAUUGCUUAAUCCAUCAUCAACAUCAGAAAAAACACCAAUAUCAUCAAAGUUUGCUUAUGAUAUGGAUGAAAUGGAUGAAAUUUUCAGUGAAGAGGAGCCAUUUGGAAAUGAAAUGGAUGAUGUGACUGAAAGUAUAAACCGAUGGAAUUGGCUAAAAGAUGAAGAUUUCUUUAAUCUUAGUGCUACAAAAAAAUUUUUAAAGGAUAAACAAAUUGCACAAAAAUUCAUACGUACUUCUAAUGAAGAUACACGUUUGAAUGGUGAUGCUCGAACUAUAGCACAAAAUGGCAUUUCAUUAGGAUCUGCUGGUGUGACGAUGAAUCACUCUGAUGCUUAUGGUAGACGGCCAUCACCGGCCCAGUGGCUUCCAAAAAUUCAAAGAUUACAUAUGACAAAUGGUGUUCCUACUGGACAUCUACAACAAUCAUAUUCACCAUUAUUACUUUCACACGUUCCACACGCAAACUGGAGAAUUAAUUAA